UUUUGAUGUUAUUGAAAUAAGUUUGUACAACAAAGCUUUUCGUUAAAAAGAUAUUUGUGUGUAGAAUACUGUUUAUAUAGUUUAAAUAUUCAGUACUGUUAUUGUUAUCAGUGUAGCAUUGGGACCAAUGACCUUGUUGCAUUUCACUUAUUUAUGUUUAUAACAUUAGGUUGUAAAAUGUACCCAGUAUGUCCUAUUUGAGUGCUUCAGAAAAUGUGGGUUUCAGUGGUAUUCCCCAAAAUAUAUCCGAUGCAAGUUGUGCGUCCCAGUAUAAAAUGGCUGUUGAGAGUGUGCCUGGAAGUUGCAAUAGUGAAGUAAACAUGUUCAUUCAUGAUAGUUCUGGCGAUGAACAAGCUUAUUUACCCCAUUUAACUGAUAACUAUUUUCAUACAAAAUUCAAAAUAGAUCACAAUGAUUUAUACACAUUUCAUGAUUCUGAUGUUAUUGCCGGAGAGAUUACUGUCAGUCAGACCGAUGAUAAUUUUAUAUUCUCUGAUGGAGUCGAUGACAAAAUGAAACUACUCAAUAGUCCAAAUAAAGAAUUGGAUAUUCUGGGAGUGCUCACCAAUGGCGAUAUAAAGGAAGAAUUGAAGGAACCAGUUUUGAAUGGUCAUUAUGAACUGAACAUAACUAGUACAGAAAACAAGUUAGUUAAUAGUAAGGCUAUAAAUACCAAAGUAAAGAAGAAUCAAAUCAAUUGUACGAAUCAAGCCAAUGUCACUGCGAUUAGACGGCCAAGUGUUCAUAGCCCAAAGGGUCAUUCAAUAUCACAGACUGGUAAAGUCAGUAUUACUAACAGUAAUAUAAGCAAUGAAAAGACAACUUCAGUGGGUAAGGGUGGGCAGGAGACAUUUCUAGAUGUUUUCAAGCGAGAGCAAUGUUUAACUGAAUGCCAAAUGGGAGCCGUUAAGACUGAACCUAUUGUUGCACCUGUUAAACCUACACCUGCUCCCAAAAAACCAUCAACAGUUAAACCAUCACAGGCGAAAGUAAAAAAGGGUAGAGGGCCGAUCAUGCAUGAGGCGCUACAACGGAUACCAACACAGUGUAGAGCAUUAGUAGUGCCAAUAAAGACGUGGCACGCGCCCGAUGAAGAGUUAUUUCAAUGUGGACCUUUGGACGCACAGAAGUGGAAUCCGUUCAGACAGCUUGAGAGUAGCAGCAGCGAUGAUGACAAUAUGCCCGAUUUUGAAUCUGCCUCCGGUCCGGUAUGUGUAGAAGAAAGUGCAGCGGAGUCCCGUAGCGCACGACUGGAGUUACGGAGGGCGGCCAUGAGGAGACACGUCAUGAGAACGGCUACCAGCAUGCACUUGACUAAGAAACAUAAUGAGCAUAAAGCUUUGGCUACCCUUAUAAAGAAACAACUGAAUGGAAAAAGUUCUUGCCGUCUUCCACAACAAACUAUGAAUCAUUUAUUGGCGAUGCGUGGUAUGUCUUCAACGUUAUCAUUACAAGAGCGCAGAAAACUGAGAGCAAGUGGGUGGUCAGGCGGCGAGAGCAGCAAGCUCGACGCGAACGCUUCCAGUAUGUGCGCAGAGGAGAAGUGCAGCGAAACGCCGCUGCCGUGCGGGCGCUACUGCCUCGCGCACGUGACGCUGGCGCCCGAGCAGCGGCUGUACGCGGCGUGCGCGGCCGUGUUCGCGGGCGGCGAGCGCUGCAAGCAGCCGCUGCUGCCGCUGCAGGAGCAGACACCGCUCUGCCCGGAGCACGCGUGGAAGCGGGACAACUACGAGCUCCUGAACCGCGAGGGGCGUCCACAGAAAGCGGCACGCAAGCGCGUGUGGGCGGGCAACCGGCUCGCGCGGCCGCCGCGCCCGCCGCGCAAGCCCAAGCGGCGCCGCAGGCUUGUGCCCAAGCGGCCUCCCGUGCACACGCAGAGCCUGUCAGAAAUAAACGCUUGCUCGAAUUCAUCAUACGACAGUUCUGAAGACACGGUGGUCGGCGGUCUCAGUGAGAGCGAAUACAUGACAAAUAAUUCUGGGGAGCUUGAAGUGGGUCACGUGCCGCCCGAUGACAUUCUGGAUCCUUCGGUUUUGAGUCAGAUACCUGAUGAGGCGUUCACGGAGUUUUUUAACCAAGCGGAAAGCGGCAGUACAUUUGCCGAAAGCUCAGAACUUGCGGCGGCACUAGAAGCCGUAUUGGACGAGCGUGCUCUUGACAUGCCCGAAUGUGUUUUCUCACAAUCACCGAGGAAUAAGAUGCAAGUAACCGCAGUGAGCAUGGAGCCAUCGAGCGCGCCCUCAUAACAUAAAUAUAAUAACCGUCUCUUUCAUUUUAAAAUAAACUCUAAUAAUUUAGGAACAAAUUUGUUUACGUGAUGUGAAGUUGGAAUUUAUGCUUUAAUUUGGUGGGUUAGUGAAAUAUUUCAAGUGUUCGUAGCCUGAAACGUUUGGUAAGCAGUAGUUGGUAUAUGUAGGUAAGAGAGUACCGAUAAAUUCUUUAGGGUCAACGCAAAUAUCGACCUUAUUCUUAGAACAAUAAGUUAGUUUUCUCCACGACUUUGAUUUUAUUAUUCAUUCAAAAAUAUACUCAAUGACAAAGAGCAUAAAAUUCAAUUUUAAUUUUAAGAAUUGCGUUGAUCCGAAUCAUGUCAGUAAAAAUUAACUUCGGAUCUAUUAUCUUCCUGUUGUUAGGAGUCAUUCUUUGUUUUUAUUGACAUGAUUAUUUUUAUUUUUUAUCUUUUAAGUUGUACAUAUUCACGUUUUUACGUCACAAAAUUUCUAAAUUUGUGUAAACCGAAAACAGUAUUAUUAUUAUGGGGCUUAUUUGGCUGGGUGUAGAUUUUGCAUUUUUUAACGAAUUCGAUCAAAUUUCGGUUAUAUUUUUUAGUUAGUUUAUUAUCAUUUAAGGGUUACUUAAUUGGGAAUUUUAGUACUAUUAAUUUAAAUUUUCAUACUAAAUAAUUACUGUAAACAUUUCUGACGUGAUUGGUUACUAUUAUAAUAUUUUAUAUUAACUUCACGUAAGAGAAUAUUUCUCGGAUUUUUUAUCAUUUUUCAAGUGAUUUAUUCCAACAUGAACACGAAUAAGUGAAACGAAGCAAUAAUUAAGAAUAAACAAUAAAAUAUCUAUACACAUUAAGUGUAAUUUUAAACUAAACUAACAUUUCGAGUUAUUCUAAAGUAUUUAUAAAAAUUUGUCGGUCCUCGCUUAGAAUGGUAGUUGUAGAAAUUUUGAAGUGUUGUUGUUGUAUUGGCUCCGAUUGAGGUUGCGUGUUGUGUAGUAGUUUCACGAAGAACGAAAAAUAUUUUUAAUUACUAAAAGGUUAAUUAAUUAAUUAACAUUGAAUUAAUAAUAUUUCCCUAUAUAUAUAAGCUAUUCGAACUAAAUGUAUUUGUAUUGCCAUCUCAUAUAAUUAAAAGCAAAAGAAAGAAUCAGAUGUUAUGAUCUAUAUUGCAUUGCUUGAUUAACUGGCUCUUACUAAUAUAAUAUCUGUCUCUCAAAGCAAAUAUACUAUCUGUCUCGUUCAUUUGUUCUUAUAAGUUGGUAUUUCGUUUCGAAUAACUUCGUUUGGCGAAAUUCGCUCUAUGUAUCUUUCGUAUUGAUAAAAUAGUUGAAAAAAGUUGUAUGAUAAGUUGAGUUUAUGGUAUCUUCGUGAAAUUAUUACAAAUAGCUGGUUUAGGUAAGGGUUCGCGUUGUUAUGUCGUGUUCUUCAAUCUUCCGUCUGUCGUGUUACUGUUUAGUAUGAAUGAAGUGCUAUAUGCGAAUAAUAUCUAUGUGGAUUUCAAGGUCAUUGGAUUGUAGACGGUUUUAAUGGACGAUUUUUUUUUAUAUAAACUCCAAACUCAAACAUUUAUUUAUUCAAUUAGACUUCUUCUAGAAGCACUUUUGAAACGUCACUAGGUACAUAUUUUUAACAU